UCAACAAGAUGGCGGCCAGUUCAGGUUCUUCUUUACCACCAAGGCCAGUUAGUGUGCCUUUACUCAGUAGAUCCUUGUGUUCUGACUUUCCUUCAUCAAGAAAUGCAAAGUGCAGGUCCAAAACUCCACUGGAUAAUAAAUCCCUUGGCAGAUCAUUAAGAGGAUUAGGUGGCCUCCAAGAUACCUUUGGUACACCAAGUUACCCAUCACCGUUAGACCGCAUUAGAGGAGGCUUGUCAUCAUCUUUACAGGACUCAAUGGAUUUGAAUGCAACCUUUCCCAAAAUGCACAGACCUAAGGCUAUAAAGGAAGAAGUGGAGAUGGAUACACAUAAUAAAGCAACACUCCAUCAAAUAACAGGUGACUCCCUGCAUAGUUUUAGUUUUUCACCUAGUCACUUCAGAGGGUCUUUUGCUGCCAACAUUGACGCUUCUAGACUCAACACCUCUUGGCAGUUUUAUAACUUUGUUGGCGGAGCUGGAACUGGUGCCAUAUUCCCCACCACUGUCAGAAAUCCUAAUAAAGCUAUCCUGACGAUCAAUGCCAGAACAUCCGAGAUCCUGAUGGCUAACGACAUGGCAGUAGAGCUGUUCAACUACCCAAGAGAUGAGCUGAUUGGCAUGGAGAUGUCCACCUUAUUUACUGACACCCAUAGGGAGAAACAAGAAUCCUUGAUGGAACAGCAUAUUGAAGGCAGUGGAGCUGUUGUUAUGGUCUCCGGCAAAGUGCUUGAAGCAGUGGACAAGACAGGGAUUAUUUUCCCUGUGUCGUUAUGGAUGAAGAAACUAUCAUGGGAAGAUGAUCCCCGUUGUAUUGCUAUAAUGGAACCUGUUGAACGCAAAACAGCCAUGUUACUUUUCAAUGCAGAGGGCGUCAUUCUAGAGUGUGAGCCACAGUUUGCCUUUCUUCAUGGUUUUGCUGAUGUGAAUGAAGUAAAAGGGAAAAAUAUCAAGUCUUUUAUUCCUUCUCUCGUUCUUCCUACUGGUACAACUCUAGAACGGCAUGUAAAAAAGCAGCAAGCCACAGGAAGAACAAAGGAUGGCUACAACUUCCCGUUAACCGUAGUCAUUAAGCCUAAAACACAGCAAGAGCUUAAGAAGGCCGGAUGGAUCAUACCAGAUGGCUCAAUAGCAUACAAGGGAUUAGUAUGGGUGUUUGCUAAUAUCAGUGGUCUGAUCAGCUUCACGCCAGAUGGUGUCAUACAAACAUGUAAUCACAACUUCUCGUUGUUCCUCUUUGGUUACCAGGAGAGUGAACUUGUCGGCAAGCAUGUGACAGCCAUUCUACCCAAUUUCUAUGACGAUAUGGAUUUGAUUGACGACAGCAGUAUGCCCUUCCCACCAUUUGACUAUGAUGACGAAGGGAUCAUUCAUUAUAAUGUGAAUAGCGAUGAAACCAGACAAAAAGAUUCUUAUGCCAAGAAUGUUGUGCACACUCUAUCUUCACCAUGCAAUACAGCCAUCAAUGACAUUUCAACGCAAGCAAUCAUGGGUGACAGUCAACAAAUCACCAAAAGUUCUUUAUUCCCAGAUCUUUCAAGACUGAAUGAAUCCAACAGCUCUGACAACACAGCAAGUCUGCUCAACAGCACUAACUCUUCUGCCGCAAGCUUCCACACAACCAAAAGCAUGUCACCAAGAUGGCUAUCAGAAGGAACCUCUACUACAACUAAUUCUGAGACAACGUCCGGCAUACAAAGAUCACAUCAAAGUAGCAUAACUACUAAUUUUGAUAGCAUGAGUUGUAACCCUAGUAUACCAAUGACAGAGGAUAGCGGCAUUGGUGGGUCUGGUGGAAGCACUGAUCAACCCAUAGUAUCCCAGCAUUCUUCUGUGCCAUCGAUUGUCUCUUCACCACAGACACAGAACACACCCUUCAGUAACUAUUCGUUUCAGACGGCAGGGAGUCAUUUGCUUACUAGUUCAGAUUGUUCUCUGCAGCUCAACUUUGGGGAACUCAUGAUAACUAAUGAUGACUCAACAGAAAAAUCCUUAAACAACCAUGAUCCAUCAACAGACAUAUCCACAAUGGACGAAUCAUCAUCAACUCAAAACAGCAGCAAUAAUGCAUUCAGUCCGUUAACACCAUCCAAACCCCCGGUCACUUCACAUGGGUUGACCUCCACACCCAGUAUAGUCACAGCGGCAUAUGAGACAGAGGUGGAAGGUCCUGAUCAACCCAUUUGUGAAGGCAGUUUCUCUGGGAAGGGAAGACACAGAGACGGAACACCUUUAGCAGUUAUUUUCCAGAUUAAGAGAAUAGAACUCAACGACGGUCGUAUGCUGUUCUGUGCAUGGAUAUCACGUGACCCUGAAGAAGACCAGUCAACAAACAAUUUUGCUUUAUUUGCCAGCUUUAAUAGUACACUAGAGAAUUCGUUUGCUAAUACAGGAGAGAUGCCUGUCACAUUGACGGAUGGUGGUAUGGUAGAAGAACCUUCCCCAGGGAGAGGAGAAUAUGAUGAGAAAUAUCUCACUCAGCAUUCUAUCGGCAAAGGAGCAUUUGGUUUUGUGAAGCUUGCUCAGAGAAAGUCAGAUGGAUUACAGAUAUAGAGGCCCUGAACUAGAGAUGUGGUCUAUAGGAGUUACACUAUAUACUUUGGUGUUUGGGGAGAAUCCUUUUUAUGACGUUGAAGAAACAAUUCGUGCUGAAUUACAUCCAUCAUUUCCAGUGUCACAAGAGCUAAUGUUUGUUAUAUGUUGGUUACUGCACCCUGACCCAAAAUGGAGAGCAACAAUCCAAGACUUAGAGACAAAUGAAUGGAUCAUCCAACCAGUAGAAAUAACAAAGUACGAUUUUGAAACUGUUUUAGCAUCAGGGGAAGAGGCAAGCCCUCAUUUUCCACCUCCUCCAACAUCAGCGCCAAAUGAUGAUUUUGAAGAUGAAGACGAUGAUGAUUUAUCCCAGGAUGAAGUUAUAGACUACGAACAAUCAGACCUCAAACUACUUCAAUCUGCCAUGCAAGAGUAUCUGAGUAGAUCUAGUGAUAAUAGUGAUGGCGACAAGUAGUCUCUGGUAGAUUUUCUGCCUCACAAUCCCAGAUUCAUAUAUUGGAUCUUAAACAAGCAUCUCCUGUUAUUUGCAGGUCAUUGUCGGGGCUUAAAAUAAUGGCUGCACAUCAUACAAUGUCCGGCCAGAGCUAGGACUUGUCCAGUCAAAUGUUUGCCUUGCUGGUCAUUUUGACCAUGUAACGUUGAGCCAAAAAUGAGGCAAGACUAAGCUAAAACUAAUUAGGGACACUAAAAGAUGUUUGAGUAUCAUCAAGAGAGGUAAAUUUCUUAAUAACGAACGUGCCAUGUAAAUCCCUGGUUGGACUAUUUUUAGUAACCGGAUGCAGUUUUAAUUUUGCCUUACCCUAUUCCUGUGUGUCAUCAACUUGCGCGCGCGUGCGAUUUCCGUUUAUUGUUUUGAUCACUAAGAAUGAAAUGGAAAGAAAAGGGCACACAAGUUGAUGAUGCACAGGAGUAGGUAAGGCAAAAUUUAAACUGCAUCCAGUUUCUAAAAAUAGCCCAACCAGGGAAUUACCAUGGGAAUGUACAACUUCCAAAGGGAUAAACUUUUAACCAAAUGAAUAUUAUCAAAACUUCUAAAAAUAGCAUUAUCUUGGGAAUGUGUUAAUUUGUUAAUUUUUUAAAUUUUAUUACUCAUUCAGCAUAUUAUUAUUUAGUGUGUUCCUUUUUUAGCAUUUUUCAAAGUUAUAUUUUUUAAUGGAAAAAGCUGAACACAUAUUUAUAAUUCAUUCUGCACAUCCCAGAUGUGAUGCUAUUUUUAGACACAAUCUUUUUAAAAUUGUCCAACCAAUGAC